AUGAAUAACACCUCUGCUGAACGGAUUUCUCUCAAUAUUAGCAAUGUUCUUAAUCACAAACAGCAUAUAGGAGCUGAUGUGGAAAAGUUCAGAGAUGGAUUCGAGAGGAACGAGCGAUUCAAGGAACUGAAUGGUUUGGUGAGACGGAAUCAAAGAGUAAGUAAGUCUUGUUGAGAUUAUUCUGAUUUUAGAUAGUCGAAGCUCUGGACGACUUUGAAAGAUUGGACAUGAGUUUUAUGAAUGAUUUAACGGAUCAACUGGGAAAACUGAAGAAAACUCUUCACAGUAUUGAUCGAGUCAAGUUCUCUGAAGUAAGUUACUUUUUUUAGGUAUUAAUAUGUAUUUUUAGUCAGAAUUACAACAAUUCCAUUUGACAGACGUUUGUCAGAUGACGAUAAAGAAAUUAGCAGACGAAAAGUUUAGCCAGAAGAGCCAGAUGAAUGUGAUAUUGGAAUGA